UGGGGCGGCUGGCUCGAUUGUGUUUUUCGAAGUGGAGGCUGGCUUGACCGCAGUGGCAGGGACUGAAAUAAACUUGUCUAGAACAUGUUCCAAAAUGUCGAUCUGGAGACGGAAUGCAGACUGGACGAAAAGCUGGACCGAGGUACGACCGGUCUGCAAAGAUAGAGGGCCUCCUCUGUGAGUCAGCCACUAUGACUGUGGCAUUCAGUGCUGCUGAAUACUAAAAUAGACUACAGGCCAACAGAAAACCUCUUCUAAGGAAACACACAGACCGAGUCAUCGCUUCCACAUCUCCUCAUCACAACGGCCCAUUGUGGGCUGCUAUGUCAAGUCAAGCCAGCAUUUAUUUGUAUAGCACUUUACAACAGCCAACAGAUUGACCAAAGUGGCAGCUGCUCUGGACACAAGCUUGCCUCAGUAAGGCAGGACAGGCCACUAGUCAUUGCUUCAAGAGACCAGCAAACAGUCAACAAAGAGCACUUCGCAUUAAUUCUAGCACUUGAAGUCAGUAAAAUGACUGUAGACUGAGAAUCCUCGUGAGUCUUGUCUGUGUCUGCUCAGUCUCUUGGCCAGGGUCCUUAAGUUAGUUCUGUUCGUUCCAUUAUUAGACAAUGUUCCACCACCAGAAUCAUCUGAAGAGGCAGCUGCAAGAAACCCAACCAGCCAGCAGGCAGCGCUUUCACUGCCAGGAGUGUGGGAAGCAGUACAACACCCAGCUAGGUUAUAGACGCCACCUAGUGGCAGCCCACACUGCUGCAACAGGCCAGCCCUGCCCAGAAGGAGCAGUUUCAUUACUUGAGCAGUUUGGCGGCCACAUUGACAGGCCUCCACCACUAGAGAGCAACACUAACACUACUGUGCCAGUGAGAGAGAGGAAAUACUCAUGUGAACGAUGUGACCGCCGUUUUUACACUCGUAAGGAUGUACGACGUCACAGUGUGGUGCACACAGGGCGCCGUGACUUCCUGUGUCCACAAUGUGCACAACGCUUUGGCCGCAGGGAUCACCUGACCCGCCAUUUGAAGAAGAGCCAUGCCCAGGACUCAGGAUUGAUGUCACCCUGUACUCCAAAUAUUCCUGUGGCUACACCAACCUCUGCCACUCAGUGCCUAGUGAAGGAGGAACCCAGUCCUGUGACCUCUGAUAUGGGUUCUGUUUCCAAGGAACCAGUGGAGACUUUAUCAAGGGACAUGUACAACUCCUACCCCAUGGCCAGUCCUGUCCCUGGGAUGGGCCACCCUCGUGGUCUCAUGCAGGGCUCUUUGCCUUCAAGCAUAUGUGUUGGUCAGCACAUGUCUUCUCACCCCCACCACCAUAACCUCCAGCCCCCAGUGGCUCCACAGCAGCAGCCCUAUAGUAACAUGGACAGGUACCAGCAUAGCUCUACCUCAUAUCCUCGUGUUGAUGUGGACAGUUUCCUGCUGGACCUGCAAAGUGUCCCUCCACCCCACAUGAAUGCUGUCAACUCGUCUACCUCUGCUUCUGGCUCCCCUCAGAGGGAGGUGCUGGGUGAAGGGGUAUGUGCUGGCAUUGACACACACCUGCUUUGCAGGAGCCCUGCUGCCACCUCAGCUGAGCUGUCCUGCUCCACAAACAUGGAUCUUGGGCCUCUGUUAGGCUUUUUGCCAUUCAGCCUGCCACCCUUCAGCACUCACAUGGGGAUGGGAGGAUUGGUGAUGAGCUGUCAACCUGCUACUAACACUACUUCCUCUUCGUCCUCCUCCACUGGGCUGCCCUCCCAGGCUCCAGGGCCUUUCACCUUCUUCCAGCCUACCCAGGCUCAUGUAUCCCAGGGCCCCAGUGCCCACAGCCAACUACCUCAGCCAUACAGUGGUCCUGCUAUGAGCAUGUCCAGUUCCCUACCUCACUACUACCAGGCCUUUCAGCAAGAAUCCACUAUAAAUACUGUGGAGGCCUUCAGAGUACUUCGUCCUGUUUCCUGUCUUCUGCAGUGUCAUUGUUAUUGACACCCAGUUUUCCAAGGUUGUGAUGUUAGAUCGCAAGUGUUUCUGAUGGACUUGGGACUAAAACUUGAUCCCUGUGAUCCUCGCCAUGUCUUUGCUCUAUAGGCUUGGGAGGUCUAGAAAAAGAGCAGUUGAUUUAGAUAUUUAGAGAGAGAGAGAAAGAGAUGAUUCUCUCUUCUGCCUUAAUUUCAUGAACUGUAUGUUGACUAGUAUUGUAACAAGCCUCAGAGUCUUGCAACAGUGUCUUAAAAUGCUACUGCAGUGCCUCUCUCAAAGUGUCUAAAUUCUUGACAGGGUUUAAGCACUUAUGAUAAUUUUAGAAAGGAUUAAUUUGAUCUGUACCUCAAACAUGUAUAACUGUGGGUUUCUGUUAUUGUUUGUACUUGUUUCUAGUUAUUUUGGCUCUUGUACCAUUAGAUUAAAACUAUAAAUGUAGAUUUUAUUAAUCUAAGCUCUAUCUAUUAACAUUGACAUUAUAAUUGACUGAAACCUACCUCUAUAUUGUCAUACAUUCACCGGCCACUUUAUUAGGUACACCUUUACAAUUGUAUGCAAUUAAAUGCAACACUUCCAUCUUAAUAUCUGU